GAUCACUAAAGGUUUCUGAAAUUAAAAGUUAAAUAAUAAUAAUAUGUGCCAUUUUAAGAUUUUAUUUUUUAAAAAUUCGAAAUAUAUUUAAUUAUUUUUAAAUUAAGGAAAAAAAACGCUUAUAAUAUUUAUCAAUAACGCAUUUCCCUAUAUAGAAUGGAUGCCAUUGCCACUUUCGCAUCGUAUACAACUCUAGCCUUCCUGCUAAUACUAAUCUCAACACUGUGCAUUAUUUACCUCACAUUUCGUCCUUAUUACCUUCUAAAAAGGAGUGGGCUUUCAUACCCCUUACCUCUUUACCCCAUAUUUGGGCAUCAGUUGUCUUUAAUGGUAAAGGGCUUCCAAAUAUGUCACAGUAGUUGGCGCGAUCAGCUUAAUUCAUCUAAGAAUAACCAAAAUCGAUCGAAGGAAUUUUACAAAAUAUAUGCCAUAUGCGAUGGUUUAGAUUAUAACGUUGUCAUUUCCGAUCCUAGAAUACUGAAAUAUGUACUAGUCAGAGACUUUCACGCUUUUCCCAACCGGAAGCUCAUGAUUUUGCACCAAAAAUGUGUGGCCAAAUCUGUGAUUGCUCAACCUUACCAGGAAUGGAAAGAAAAUCGUAAAAUUCUGAUAGGAACAUUCACCACUUCCAUGAUAAAGCAAAUGCUCGUAGAAAAUGUGCGAUGCACCAUAGAUUUAAUGGAGAAUGCUGGAUUGAUGACUGAAGAUCGUCUUAAUAUUCCGGAAAUGAUCGAUGACGAAUCUGGUACAAAAGUCAAGAAUCGUUACUCGAAAAUUCUAGCAGAAAAAAUAAUAGAUAGCCGUCAAUCUAAACAACAAAAUACACGUUACCCAUUGAUGAUAGACGGGAAGACCUCCUUCGAAGCGAAAACUUUGUUCGGAAAUUACGCUAUCGAUAUCAUAACCAGGAACGCUUUCGGUCUCAAAUUAAAGUUUGGUACGCGCGAACAUACGCAAUUCGUGAAAAACACUCACCAAAUAUUUACCUAUCAGAUGUAUAGAUUCAUCAUGCUGAGUUGGUUUAAGCCGAUUGCGUCUCUAAUCUCCAGCCUGUUAAAGAUUUCUUUUGUAGGCGAGCCUUCUCUCCUCUAUAUUAGGGAUGUUAUUAGGAAGUUCGCUGAUGUGAGACUAGGAAGCAACUUAAAUCGGAAAGACCUUUAUCAGAUUAUGGUAAACGCGGCUAAAAAGAAUCUUCAAAAUGAAACUCGUCGUAAUAAUUCGAUAAUCGAUAAUUUCAAAGGUUGCCCGUUCGGCAAAGUUUUUUCAAAAAAUACCGAUAAAAAUAUAGUCAAUUACGAUAUGGAGAACGUGGAGGCGAAUUCGAUAUUCAUCAUAUUAGCCACUUACGACACAUUAUCUACAGCCCUAUCCUGGAUCGUCUAUCAUCUAGCCCAAAAUCCCGGCAUGCAAGAUCUUAUAUACCAAGAAAUCGUAGAAGAAUUAAAAGCAGCCUCUAGUGAAGAUAAAACGAAUAUAGAUUGCAGCAGCGUGAGUAGUGACGAUGAUAGUGGAAUACUGAUAAAUGAUCAUAAUUCUCGAAAUUUGAAUGGCAAAGAUAGAAAUGGAAAUGAUCUAAAUUCCGACUUUUACAAAGUAGAUUACGACUUUCUAAAACGUUUAAAAUAUACGGAGAUGUUUGUUAAAGAAGUUCUCAGACACGACCCACCUUUGGCUAUCAUAAAUCGCGUGGCUAACGAAGAUUAUACUAUACCGAUUAAGGAUAAUGAAAUAAAGAUUUCGAAAGGAACGUUGAUUGAUGUGCCAAUUUACGCUAUACACCAUGAUCCAGAAUAUUGGGCCGAUCCUGACACCUUCGAUCCUGAGAGAUUUAACAGUGAAAACAGCUAUAACAAAUUCGCGUAUAUGCCAUUCGGACUAGGACCCCGUAAUUGUGCGGCAGAAAAAUAUGCCAUGUUGACUCUGAAGACAUUUUUAGCUGUCGUUUUGCAGAAAGUUGAAUUCAAAAAGUGCUCCAAGACAUUAGACGGUUACACGCCGUACGACACCGCUUUCAAGAAGAACGAGUUUCAUUAUCCGAAAUGUGGUAUAUGGUUAGUGGCGCAUCCCAGAAUAUGUGGACUUCUAUACCCCACACCCGUUUACCCCAUAUUCGGACAUCAGUUGGCUUUAAUGAUGAAGGGCUUUCAAAUAUGUCAUAGUCAUUGGCGUGAUCAGCUUUUUCCUUCCAAUAACGAUAAAAAUGGAUUCAAGGGCAAAAAUCAACUCUAUAAAAUAUACGCAAUAUGCGAUGGUUUGGAUUAUAGCGUUGUGAUAGCCGAUCCUAAGAUAUUGGAGUAUAUACUGAUUAGAGAUUUUCACUCUUUCCCCAAUCGAAAGCUAAUGAUUUUGCAUCAAAAAUGCGUAGCUAAAUCUGUGAUUGCUCAGCCGUACGAUGAUUGGAAAGAGAAUCGCAGAAUCCUAAUAAAAACGUUCACGACUUCCAUGAUGAAACAGAUGAUCCUGGAAAAUGUACGAUGCACGGUGGAAUUGAUGGAGAAGGCCGGUUUGACUACCACUAAGGUAGAAUAUUUUAAUGUUCCAUCAAAACUCUCAAACGAAAAUCAAAUUAGCCACGAAGAAUCCUAUAUAAGGGAGAGGCACCCUAGACCUAAAAUCCCGGCUGAAAAAAUAGCAGAAAAAUGUAAAUCCAAACGUGAAAACCCUUCCUAUCCACUAAUAAUAGACGGAAAGACGCCCUUUGAAGCCAAGACCCUUUUUGGGGUUUAUGCCAUAGAUAUGAUAACCAGAAACACUCUUGGCUUCAAAUUAAAAUUUGGAACACCUGAACACACAAGAUUUCUGGAAAACACCCAUCUGAUAUUCACUUAUCAAAUGUAUCGAUUUAUCCUGCUAAGAUGGUUACAGCCGUUAGCAUCUCUAAUCUCUACCCUAUUUAAAGUAUCGUUCGUUGGCGAAGCUUCUCUUCUAUAUAUUAGGGAUGUUAUAAGAAAAUUUGUGGACGUGAGAUUAAAGAGCAACGUUAAUCGGAAGGACCUUUAUCAAAUUAUGCUAAACGCAGCCAGGAAGAACAUGCGCAAAAAUUCAGCCGAUGAUCUCAAAGGUUGCCCUUUUGGAGAUGAUUCUGUGAAUAUACAUAAUCAAAACAAGAUUAAUUACAAUAUGGAGAACGUAGAAGCUAACUCAAUCUUCAUAAUUCUAGCCACUUACGAUACAUUAUCCACAGCGCUGUCUUGGAUCGUCUAUCAUUUAGCCCAAAAUUCCCAAAUGCAAGACAGGAUUUAUCAAGAGAUAAUGACUCAACUGAGAGCCCCAAUCCCUGAUUCUGGAUAUACAGAUACUGAAUGUAGCACGAACAGCGAGGAUGAUAUUCUAACAAAUGAUAAAAAUGUGGCUGAUUUAGAUAGUAAUGAUAAAUACAAAUAUUCGCAGUUUUCUAAAGUGGAUUACAAAUUCCUAAAACGCUUAAGAUAUACGGAAAUGUUUGUUAAAGAAGUGCUUAGGCAUGAUCCGCCACUAGCUAUCAUAAAUCGCGUGGCAAGUGAAGAUUAUACCAUACCGAUUGAAGAUUGCGAUAUAAAGAUUCAAAAAGGAACUUUGAUUGAUGUACCUAUUUACGCCAUACACCACGAUCCAGAAUAUUGGCCUGACCCUGAGCUCUUAGAUCCGGAGAGAUUUGAGAGUGAUAACAUUUACAACAAGUUCGCUUAUAUGCCAUUCGGACUAGGUCCUCGCAAUUGUGCAGCGGAAAAAUUCGCAAUUUUGACCAUAAAAGCGUUUCUAGCUGUCGCCUUACAAAAGAUGGAGUUUAAAAAGUGCCAUAAGACGUUAAAUGGGUACACGCCUUACGAAACGCCUUUUAAAAAGAACGAAUUCCAUUAUCCAAAAUGCGGAAUAUGGCUAGUGGCUCAUCCUAGGAUAUAGCUUAUCUAA